CCGUGCGCGGCCCCGCGAGACGUCACGGGCGCGGGGGCGCGGCGGCUGCGAUGGCCGUGGCGUUGCCCAAGGUGCAGCGGCUGUCGGCGCGGGUGGUCCGGGUGUUGGGCUGUAACCCGGGCCCAAUGACCCUGCAGGGUACUAACACCUACCUAGUAGGUACGGGUUCCCGACGGCUCUUAAUUGACACUGGUGAACCAGCCGUACCUGAAUACAUCAGCUGUUUGAAAGAAACUUUGGUCCAAGAGAAUACCAGUAUUCAAGAAAUUCUGGUGACACAUUGGCACAAUGAUCAUGUUGGAGGCAUACCAGAUAUCUUGAAAAAUAUUGUUGAAGGUGGCAAUGUUCAGAUUAGCAAACUUCCACGCAAACCACCUGAGAAAGAAAUGAUUGGACAAGGUGAAGCCCAAUAUACAUAUCUAAAGGAUGGAGAUGUGUUGGAGACUGAGGGAGCCACACUAAGGGCUAUUUACACGCCUGGACAUACAAGUGAUCAUAUGGCAUUGUUACUUAAAGAGGAAAAUGCUAUAUUUUCUGGAGACUGUAUUUUGGGAGAAGGUACAGCUGUAUUUGAGGACUUGUAUGAUUAUAUGACUUCAUUGGAAAAAUUACUAGACAUUAAAGCCGAUUUAAUAUAUCCAGGUCAUGGUCCAGUUGUGCAAAAUGCUUCUGAUAAAAUCAGAGAAUAUACAUUUCACAGAAACUUGAGAGAACAGCAAAUUUUGAAAGCUUUUCAAGAGCAUCCUGGGAAGUGUUUCACCCCAGUGGAACUUGUUAAAAUUGUGUAUAAGGAUACCCCUUCUCAUCUGCAUCAUGCAGCUGAAAUUAAUCUUACGCACCACCUGAAAAAGUUGGGAAAGGAAGGAAAACUGAGUCAUGAUAAUGAAAUCCAGAAGUGGAAAAGUAACUUGUAAUGGAAAAGUCCUUAGUAAAUGGACAAAAAGGGACCCUGUUCUUCAGAUACAUUUGCUAUAUUUUUUUAAGUUUUGUUUUUGAAGUACUGAUUUGCUAGGUUUAGUAACUAAAAUAUGAAAACAAAUAUACAGGAGUGGAAUAUCCACAGGGAUUCUUCUGGCAAUCUGUUGUAACACUGGAGAAAUUAUGAGCACUAUUCUGAUAUUAUACGUCGAAAUUUCGGUAGAAUUUCAUCAAGAAAGCACACCAGGAAAUUGAACUCUCAUGGUUUUCUAAUGAAGUGAAAUGAUAAUUUGCAUAAUGGUUUGCAUGUAUUUUUUCUAGAUCACUGAUCACUAUUGGUUUACAAGAUAAUAUUCAUUGAGCAGUGGCAUACAAUAAACAUAUUAUGCAUAAUGUAUUAAGCAUUCUAUCUAUUGCCAUUAUAAAUCUAUAUGUAACAUAAAAUCUGGGAUUAUAUUUC